AUGUCGGACGUAGAAGAGAACAACGCACCCGAAGCCCCCGAGGAGGUUGAAGUUUCCGCCGAUGCCUCCAAGGGUCAGAUGUCCGUUCUGGAUGCCCUCAAGGGUGUCUUGAAGCUCGCCCUUAUGCACGACGGUCUUGCCCGGGGUCUCCGUGAAGCAUCCAAGGCUCUCGACCGACGACAAGCCCACAUGUGUGUUCUAAACGAGUCCUGCGAGGAAGAGGCCUACAAGAAGUUGGUCAUCGCCCUCUGCUCCGAACACAAGAUCCCCCUGAUCAAGGUUCCCGACGGAAAGCAACUGGGCGAGUGGUCAGGUCUCUGUGUCUUGGACCGAGAAGGCAACGCGCGCAAGGUAGUAAACUGCUCUUGCGUGGUUGUCAAGGACUGGGGUGAGGAGUCGACUGAGCGAUCCAUCCUCCUGAACUACUUCCAGACCGAGCAGUAA